AUGUUUAAUAAACAAGCAUUAAGUAAUGCACUUAAUUCAUCUCGUAUUAUAGCUAGUAAAGCAGUUGCUACAGACUUAGGAAAAACUGCUAUAGACGCGGCCAAGUCUGCAGGGAAAGAACUUGCAGCUUCUGCAAUAUCUACUGCUAAAGAAAUUAUAGUAAAAUUUGAUGAAGAAAUCAAAAAGUAUGAAGAAUAUGAAUUUACACCCUCUGUUAAUUCUAAUUUAAAUUCAGGAGAAAUAAGAGUUUAUAUUGAAAACAGUGAUUCUUUGUUUCAUUCACAUGAAUCAUAUUUAGAAAUUGAAGGAAGACUUGUAAAAGCAGAUGGAAGUGCAUAUGCAAAUACAGAUGCAAUAACACUAACACACAAUGGACUUAUGCAUUUAUUUGAUAGAAUUGAAUAUAAGUUCUAUGAUUCAGUAGUUGAAUCAGUUAAUUUUCCAGGUAAAGCAACUACAAUGCUUGGAAUGUUGAAAUAUCCAAAUGACUUUCAACAAUCAAAAGCAAUGAAUCAAUUGUGGUUUAAAGAUACUACAUCAACUGCAGAUUUAGUUAAUAAUGCAGGAUUUUCAGCAAGACAACAAUACAUCAUUCAAAAACCAACUACAAAAGUUUUUUAUGGAUUAAAGCAUGAACUUUUUCUGUUAAGAGCAAGUGAUGAUAAUGCAAUUUUUAAAGCUGCCAGUGUAGCUGUAGGAAAAGUAAAUAUUACUAGAAUAUCAUUAAUGAUGAGACGUGUAACUCCAUCUGCUAUAGCAGAUUUAGAACUUACUAAAAUAAUUAAAUCACAAGAAACACUUGAUCUAGGUUUUAGAUCGAGGUACUUGGACAAAAUGAAUGUUCCACAAAAUACAUCAUUUGACUGGAGAUUAGGAGUAAGAUCUACUGAAAAACCGAGAUAUAUACUUGUUGGUUUUCAAACAAAUAGAGAAGGAUAUCAAGAACAAAAUUCUUCAAUAUUUGAUCAUUGUGAUUUAAAAAACAUGUGGAUUGAACUUAAUGAAGAAAGAUAUCCUGCUACUAAUUAUAGUUUAUCAUUUCCAAAUAUGAAAAUUACUAGAGCUUAUAGACAUGCAUCAAAUUUUGCUGAAGAUUAUUAUAAUAUGACAAAUCUUAUUAGUCUAUGUGGUAUAACUCCUUCAGACUAUAGAGAUUUAUAUCCUAUUAUGUAUUUUAAUGUAAGUAAACAAUCAGAAAGAAUGAAAGAUUCAAUAGUAGAUAUUAGACUUAAAGCAGAAUUUAAUACACCUGUUCCAGCAGGUGCUAUUUUAUUUGCUCUCAUCAUUUCAGAUAGAAUAGCAAAACUUACUUCUAAUGGAGAUAGAUUAAGAUUUGAAUAUUAG